AUGGAAGUCGAUGGACAAGAUAUGGGAAUAGACAAAGCAGUAGUGAAGAAGACACAAAUCAAACUGAAAAUGAUGACGAUCCGCAUAGUUUUUGCCGGAAUGCUUUGCAAGAUCCUCAGGCGAACUGACCGACAAAUAUUUGCUCCUGACCACCGUAUGAGACAUGUCGAAUGCAUCAUUGGAAUUCAGUAUUUACCGAAGAGAAACUGGGCAACCUUGAAUGCCUAUGACCGUAGAUUCCUUUGUUGUCGUUCGAAAAUGAACGUUCAAGCAGCUUUUCCAUUCGAUUUGCUCCAUGCUGAAAUCAUUAAUUACACAAAAGAGAGUGAAGAGCGACGAAAUGCUGCCAAACUGGAAUGGAAACAGGUUGCCGACACAUGUACCGAUCUUGCGGACCUGGACAAGUAUGACUCGCUGGUGCAGCUAGCAUUUGCCCAUAAUUCAUAUAUCACUCAAUUGGAAUCCAUGGGCUAUCGAGUCGGAUACGUAAUGGCGGAACGUGUUUCCAAAGAUGCGCCGAGGUUAUUAACUGAGCUUGAAGUUGUCAAAUUUAUCUGCAAAGAGUUCUGGUCAGCAAUGUUUGGAAAACAGGUGGACAACUUGAGAACAAAUCACCAGGGUGUGUACGUCGUGCAAGACAACAAGUUCUGCACACUGCGAUCUUUGGCAGAGGGUCAGCAGUUUGUGCGCGAAGCUGGAGCAUUGGUCACAUUCCCUUGCGGAGCUGUAAGAGGAGCUCUGGCAAAUUUGAAUGUGAACGCCGAAGUCACAGCUACUGUAGAAACUCUUCCUGCUGUUAAGUUUAAUAUUCAAAUAGCCCAAAGAACCUGA